CGCCACCCUCCCGCUCACCUGCCCGUACUUGGCAUGAGCGUCAUGAUUUUUAAAGGUCGUCAUCGUCGGGGUACCAGAUCAGUACUUUCCGUGCGCACGGACCUCUGAUAGGCAGGCUUCGACUGCCCCUGACGUUAUGUACGACGGGAGGAGUGUGUGCUAUCAAACUAUUUCUAUCUUUCUCACUCUCUCUUCCUCUCUCUCUCUCUCUCCCUCCAACUAUCGGAUCGCAAUACAGACGAGGUGCUCUCAGCAUCUCACAAGCGUCAUACCUCUCUCUCUCUCUCUCUCUCUCUCCCUCCCUCUCACUUUGUGGACCACGGAUAAGCCAACAGCGCGAAGUUUUGGUAAAUAAUAGGUGGACUUUUAGAUCCUUUACAGCAAGCCAAAGCUCUCGCCUACAGCUGCAUCGAGCUUUUAUCUUUUUACCCCUGAGAAGCAGCAGCUGCUGGUGCUGGUGCUGGCCUCUGAGUUGAUGCCGUUAUAGCCUUCGAGGAGUGAAGACUGAAUGAAGCAGAGGCGUAUGUUCAGAUAGAGGGAAGUGGAAGUAGGAAAUAGAAUCGUCUUCUGUCAUCGUGAUUUGGUAGUUUUGGAAGGCUGGACCGUGGACUCAGAUUUGUGCACGAGGUGCUGGGCAUGCUGAGUUUGAUGGUGAUUUCUGGUAGUUAAAUGUCAAGGGGAUCUCGUGUCUGAGUUUCUUCAGUGGUGGUUUUAGUGCCGGAUUUGGUGCUGGAGGUGACAGGAGUCGGAGGCGGACUCGGACUCGGACUCGGGGAGGCCCGGGAGGACGAUGGUGUCGAAUUGGAGCAAUAUAUCGCGCAAGAAGAGUGAAAUAUUCACCCCGAUUCCCGUCAGCAAUGUGCAGCCUUUGCAGACCUGCAAUCCUGGCGUGUGCCAAAUCGUUUUGCUCGCCAUUAGCUUAGCUCUUCUCAGCACCACGAUCAUCUUGUUCCAAACGCUGGAUCUCAGACAUCUGCAGAACUCUUGCUUCUCGGAAAUCUCCACGAAGCUCUUCAGCGGGACCGCGAACCUCAGCAGCUCCAGCACCUUGGACGCCAGCUCGCCCAUAAUUGACGCACUCAACACUAGCCUCUCCGACGCACGAGACGAAACGAUCUUCGGGACCGAGGCCGAGCAUUACCGCGACGUUCCAGUGCGGGACAAGGCGUGGUACUUGGAGCAGCUGACCGAGAACGGAACUCGAGCGUGUCACGAGAUUGCGACGGCGUCAGCUCAGGUGUUUUUCGGGCCCGAUUUGGUCCUCCCGACCGGAGAUCUGAAGCUGCAAACAGACCGAGACUACGAAGUGGUGAUCGUCUCGUACAGCUCGAAUGGGUCUCGCAGAUGCAGCGGCGGAGACUUCUUCGAGAUCGACCUCAACGGCACGCAGUGGAAGUCGCGGCCGCCGAUCAAGGAUCUGGGAGACGGGACGUACGUCGUCAACCUGCGGGUGGACGGCGCGUUCGCGGGAGUGUACGGGUUCCGGGUGAUCCUCCUGUUCCCGAACUGGCAUGGCAUGGAGCUGACGGCGGAGGAGUGGGUCCUGGCCAGGGACAUCGUGUACCUGGAGCUGGAGUUCGCCAAGCCCGAGGGCUCGGCGCCGGUCCCGGUCCCGGAGGAGGAGCUCAGGAGAUGCGACCCGGCGGAGGACUACAAGCGGAAGAACUGGGAGGGCCGGUGGACCCGGUCGAAGUUCAACGAGACGUGCCGGGCGAACGAGAAGGGCCGGUUCCUGUGCUUGGACCGGAACCAGACCUGCGACGACGGAAGGUGCGACGGCGAGGUGGGCCGGCUGGAGAGUAACGGCUGGGUCUACUCGGCGCACUGCGCCUUCCGGAUCUUCAGCCGCGACGAGGCCUGGGACUGCGUGAGCGGCAAGUGGCUCUUCUUCUGGGGCGACUCGAACCACCAGGACACCAUCCGCAACCUGCUCAACUUCCCCCUGGGACUCUACACCGGCUCGCCCUACCGCAACGGCCACAGCACGCACACGAACCCGCGGAACGCCUCGCAGUCCGUGACGGUCACGAACUCCUUCAACGGCCACUACGUCUCGACCGGGAACAACCUGGGGCUCGAGUCUCUGGACCACUCGGAGCAUCGCGAGAACGUGACGGCGUACUUCAACGGGACGGUGCGCGCCGCGCCGCCCGACGCCGUGAUCAUGAACUCGGGCCUGCACGACGGCAACAACUGGCCCGACGUGGCGCGCUUCGAGCGCGCGGCGCGGAACGCCAGCGAGUUCUGGAAGGGUUUGUGGGCCAGCGUGGCGGCCAAGCCGACGAUGGUGUACCGGACCACGGUGGCACCGGCCGGUUUCAACGACCGGCUGCCGGCCCGGAACACCAAGUCCAACGUGCAGAAGCACGAGGUUUUCAACGCCGUCAUGGUCGACACCUUCGUCGCGCAGUUCGGCCGCGACAACCUGCGCAUCGUCGACUCGUACGACAUGACCUUCCCCUGGCACUACGACCACCUGUGCAGCGACGGCCCCCACUACGGCCGCAGCCCGAGCUCGUCCUCGUGGGUCCCCGGCGGCCAUCGCUACUUCGUCGACAUCAUGCUCACCCACGUUCUCCUCAACGCAAUCUGCCCCGCCAAAUGAUCCCCCUGAGCCACCCCCGUGCUCUCUCGAUCGAGGAGCUCGACCAACAUCAGAUUUCGAUUUUCCUUCCUCCUAAUUGAACACGUACAUAUCAGACGAAUUCCACACCCAGACACUGGCACGAGGACUCGAGAGAGUUCGCCGUGCAUUUUGCAGCAGCUCGAUGAUUAGCCGUCCAGACGUGAGUGUAGUUUGAAGGAUUUUGGCCUGGGCUGCUCCGAGGCUGCGUGAUUAGUUAGAGGUUUAGUCGUUUCAAGGCGCCCGAGCAGAACAUCAUCGGAACACACUCGUCAUAUACUCAUCUCGAGAUUUGUACCAUACGGAACCACUCCCAAAUGAGCUCUCUUACGACAAAUCGGAAUCCCUAUCGUCAUACCCUCCAAAUAUAUAUAUAUCGUCAUCUCAGCACCGUCAGGCAUGGGCUCGGGCCAGCUCCGGCUUGCACUUCCAAACCUGCAUCACUUUCACUUGAACUAAGUCUAAUAUUUUGAGUUCCAGGACUGUCACUGGAGAUUGGGUCUACCUUGAGCAACCCGAUCACAAGGGGCUCGAUGGUAGAGCCAUGCGAAAUCCGCAAAGCAGCUAAUUGAGUAAAGACUCCAGAAGUUUA